UGGCUGCAUUUGAAUCCACGCAUUACUGGCCACGUCACCCCCCAUGGAGCGCGACGUCAUCAGGGCGCGCCGCACCGUAAACACAGGAAUGUAGUUCUACCGAAACUUUACCGUCAUAGCUGCUCAUGUUAGCCAGCAGCGGACCGGUUCCGUUCGGCUCCGUUCGGUGGUUCUACGGGCUCAUUUCCGGUUCACACUGCGGCUUCAUCAUCAUCAUCAUCAAAGCCAGGCGAAGCGGUUGUUUCCAUAGAGAAAAGUCAGAACUUUGCUGACCCUCCAGGCUUCCGUAGAUUCUCCAGCGACCAGAAACCAGACGUUUCCUGCAGGAGGAGGUGGACCCAGAAUGAGCGGCGAUGAAGAGAUCCAAGCUGUUGGGCCUCUUCGUCUUCCUGGUUCUGCUGGUCUUCUACGUUCUCUACCUGAAGCACCACUCCUCUGUCACGCCAUCCUACAGACUGCCUCCACACCUCCUACCCGGGUCGGGCAGAACCAAAGUGGACAGGUCCGAUGGCUUCGUCUACGGCAUCAUGUUUGAUGCUGGGAGCACUGGGACCAGGGUCCAUGUCUUCAGGUUCCAGACUGAGAACCAAGGAUCUCUGAGACUCGACAACGAGACCUUCAGUGCCAUCGAACCGGGUCUUUCUGAGUACGCCGAUGAUCCACAGAAGUGCUCUCCUGGCAUCAUGGAGCUCCUGAAUGUUGCUAAAUCCAGUGUCCCUCCCUCCAUGUGGACCAGAACCCCUGUGGUUCUGAAAGCGACAGCCGGUCUGAGGCUGCUGCCUGGAGAAAAGGCCAACCAGCUGCUAGACCAGGUGAGGGCGCUGUUCCAGGAGUCUCCCUUCCUGUCUGCAGAGGACAGCGUGUCCAUCAUGGACGGAACCGAUGAAGGGAUCGCUGCCUGGAUCACCAUCAACUUCCUGACAGAUGGUCUUCGCGGGUCAGAACCACCCAGCUUUGGGAUAUUGGACCUGGGCGGCGGCUCGACCCAGAUCGCCUUCAGUCCUCGAGACGAAAAAACCAUCCAGAUGUCCCCGGUUGAUGACAUCAGAACCUUCAGGAUGUUCAACAGAACGCACACCGUCUACACACACAGCUAUCUGGGUCUGGGUCUGAUGUCGGCUCGCCUGGCCGUGCUGCGCGGCGCCGACGCUCCGCCCCCCGUAGGGGGCAGCACUGAGCUGGUCAGCCCCUGCUUCCCCCCGGGGUUUUCUGGUCACUGGGAGCACGCCGACGCCGUCUACGCCCUGAAGGGUCAGAAGCCAGGGGAGCCGGUUUAUGAGGCGUGCCUGAACAAGGUGCAGAAAUUUCUGUACAGGAAGCUGAGCAGAACGUCUGAGGCGCCAGACGUGGACUUCUACGCCUUCUCCUACUACUACAAACGCGCCGCUGACCUCAUGUUCAUUGGUGAGAAGGAGGGAGGAACCAUCAGAGUGUCUGACUACAUCCAGGCUGCUAAAAAAGAGUGCGGCGCUCCAGCGGAGCCGCAGAAGAGCCCUUUCCUCUGUCUGGACCUGGUCUACAUCUCCGUCCUGCUGCAGGAGCUCGGCUUCCCGCCUCACAAGCAGCUCAGGCUGGCCCGGACCAUUGACCGGGUGGAGACCAGCUGGGCCCUGGGGGCCACCUUCCAACAUCUGGAGGCCUUGGGGAGACAAUGAACCAGAACCACUGGAUAGUUCUGCAUCAGAACGGGCCCAGGUUCUGGAACCAGCCUCUUCCCUUCACCUGAGCAGGAACCAGCUGCUCCUGUGACAUCACUUCCUGUUUUUGCAGAACUCUGAAAGGUCCGGGUCGGUUCUUAAGGACCACUGGGAGGUUCUGGAUCUCUGGAGUCCAGAGGAACUCCACUACUCUGAACCAAAGGAUCCAGAUCAGGAGUUCUGUCCAGCUCUACGUUCUCCAGCUGCUCCUGGAGGAUCCAGAGGUUCUCCUGGUCAGAACCAGCAAAACCGUCCUUUGGUUCCUUUUCUUCUUCUCUGGAUGUAGAAACAUUUUUCUGUGGUGAUGGUCUUGAUGGCAGCUGCAGGAGAACAUCCGUCCCUGCAGCUGGUGGGACGGGUCUCCUUUAGAAGAACAUGGAUCAGACGCGGUGCUGAAGAUCACUGCAGCCUUCAGGAACUGAGGGAACAUCCAUGUCCUCCUCCAUCCACCCUGAUCUCCUGCAUCAUCACCUGCUCCUAACAAGCGGCGCUCGCUGGUUGGUGUGGGACCUCCCUCUGAGGACGGCCUGUUGUCCCGCUGUGGGAGGUUCCCUCAGGUUCCCUCCGUCCUCCAGGGUCACAUGACGCCUUUGGACUCCUCAGAACUGCAUUGGUGGAUCUGGAGACGAAGGCCUGCGUCCUGAUUGGCUGAAAGCCGCACCAUGAGUCCUUCCCAGAUUUAAAAUGUUUUGGUUUUAGACCUUCUAUAAAUCCCUGAUUCCAAUGUUUGAUUUUUGUACACUUUAUCUGUUAAUAAAGAUUUAGCAUCUUUUUAUUCAAGCUGUGUAAUUCUGAGCA